ACGAGUUUUUAAUGAUUAACAGAGACAUGAUCGAGCUAGCAUUAGGAAACCAAAAUGACACUGAACCACAGCAAAACAUGGCCUGUCAGCACCAUGGCAGUGGUGCAGCUGCGGGUAAGUCCCCAGGGGGGACAGUACGAGAUCAUCGAAAGCGAACGAUACGAAGAAGACAAACCUAUAGUGUCUGUCAAGGAGGAGGAUAUUAAGAUCAGCGAUGACGGCUUAGUUGUUCCUCUCUUGGAAAAACAUCUGGAACUGUUUACCAAAAUGGCGUCUGUUCCUAAUUUGAAAACUACGAUCCGAACGGAUACUGUUUCGACAAUUCUGGAUCCUACUGAUUUUGACUCGGAAAGGAAUGAAGUCUGUGAGGAGCCUCCUUUGAAGUCGCCCACGUCUUUAGAGGAAUCGGUACAAAAAUUCCACGUGUUAGCGUUAGCGCGAAUCGAGGAGACGGGCGUCGGUGUGAACGCAGACGAUGACUGCGGAGGCGUCGACGAUAAUCUCCGUCGCGGCGGAGGGCAUCACGUGUUGGGCCGCCGACCCAGCAUCAAAGUAGAUAAUUGGGAUUUCAUCUAUACCGAAAGGGGACCAGAAACACAGAUAAGAUGCCCUGUCCAUCACUACGCGCUUAGUUCUCCGAACGGUCGUCUCGGAUCCAGUGGUAUCAAAGACUCACUUCUACCGCCGGAACUACCAUUGGAUGCCCGAAAAACAACAACUUUACGUCGUCACUAUUAUCCCGAGGGAGGUUGGGGUUGGGUAGUUGCUACUUGUGCAGUGUUAGUGCAUGUGUUAAACCACGGCGUGCAACUGGCGUACUCCCAAUUAGUGUCACCAGGAACUGAGAAGUUUAGGGUGGAGAAAGUUCAUUUUGCAGCAUUUACAGAAAAAUCCUCGGUAGAAAUAUCUACAAAGGACGAACAAGAAAAAAUUUUAGAAGAAGAAGUAGAAUUUUUAGACACAAGUGAAGUAAUUUUCGAUAUAAAUGAUAUACCUCUAAUAAUAGAUGAUACUGAAAUAGUAAACAUUCCUGAAAUGGAGAACGAAACCUUGAUAGUACCCGAGAAUGAAAUUUUCAACAUGCAAGGAAUAGAAGAAUAUACAAAUGAAGCUGAAUCAAGUGUGACGAAAACGGUUAGAGAAGAUCAAAAAACCAAAAAACCCGAGAAAUCCCUAAACAUUUCUGAAAAUACAUCUGUAAAUGCUACAAAUAAAUCUAUUGCGACUUACUUAAUAUGGCCAGAUACUCCAGCACGAAAAGGAAAAAAGCAAACUCAAAAGCUUCCAUUUGUUCUAACUUCAUCAGAUAGAAGAAAAAUAGAAAAAGAAAAAAUGGAAAAAAAAUUAGAAGAGGAGCGCAAAAAGGAACAGAGGAAACUUAAAAGAAAGGAACAACAAAGUAUUAAAGAAAAUCAAAAGAAAAUAAAAACCUCGAAUAAUAAAAAACCCAAAAAGUUAGCUAAAACUUUUAACAAGUCUGAAGAGAAAAGUAGACAACCCAUAGAAAUGACCAACAAAAUUAAAAAAGGGUGUAAAAGUUGA